UUUUAUUAGGCCACCAGCCUCCCAAAUUGUAAUGGGGAAAAACAUAUGCCAUUCUUCUUUUACCGGGUUAGAUUUAACUCCGGUCAUUUUUUCGGGGCCUAAAUGUGAAGAAGAUAAAGUUAAUGGGUCAAUCCAAGAAGCGUAGAGAGAAGUGUACCAAUCCCAUGCAACGGAGAAAGCGUCCCGUCUUUUCCCUCGUCCGUUCGGUUCAAAUUUCAAAGGGGAAGAGGAAGACGGAGGACACGAACACCAGAACCCCAAGCCCUCUUCCUCGGUCAGACAACGAGAGAGCAAUCCCUCCGGCCACCGCCUUAUCGACGGACUUUCAUGCGACCGCUGAGGCGAGAGCUGAGAUCGGUGCUGAGGUUCUUGUACAGGUCGGCGUCGAUAGCCAUGGGUUGCUUCUUCGCCUGCUUCCGCACCAAGAACGACGACUGUCCUCCUCGAUCGCGAGCGAUCCGCUCCAAGAAGCAUCCGGAACCGGUGGUAUCUCGGAACCCUCUGUCGUCGCUGUUUCAAUACGAUGAGACGGAGCACCACAGUCGGGAGGACCGGGAAGGCAAUGGUUUUGAGUCUCCCUCUACCAUCAACAAGGAGCUUAGAGAGGAGGCUCAGUUCCUUAAAGCUUGUGGAACCUUGAAGGAGACACCGUGUGAAAUACGAAAAGGAACAAGGAGGCUGAUAGCUUUGCCACCUGAAGAUGCAGAUUCAGAGAGACCUAAGUUCCAUUCAUGGCUUCCUGAUGAAGCUACCCAGAAACUUCAACCAGAUAAACUCUCCGAACUUCCUCCAACGCCUCUUGAACUUCGUGAAAUGCUGGGAGAGGAUUUAGCCUCCCAAGAGCGUUCACCCAGCAGCUGUAUAUCUGAUGUUGGAAAUACGAGAACCUCUUCAAAUAACUCAACUAUGGCGAGUGGAGAAGUUUCGGUUUAUAUGCCUCACAAGUAUCACAUGAAAGUGCCAGACAACUAUGCAACUCCACCUUCACACGGCAUUUCCAUCACAGACGCAGAUGCCCGUCAUAAGAAUAAGUCAGUGAGAUUUGAAUGUGCUAUAGAUAUGUUUCCAUCUGAAAAUGCAAACCAGAACUUGAAAAUAUCCGAAACACCGGGUCACCAGAUCGCAUCAAGGAAUUCACCUCAUCCAACACCUCUAAAGUUGUCUGAUGAGAUGCAAACUCCUGGUACUGUUUUUCCUGUAAGUGCCGAGACAAAUGGGAAGGCUAGGAUCAGGUCCCAGUAUGUCUAUUCAGUGCUUAACCCCGUACAGAAUGCAUCCCAGUUGAAGGCAUUGAAGGAAGAUCAGUUUCAUAAUAACCAAUUUUCAGAUGAGCUGAGAGACUCUGUGGAUCAACCUGAAGAAAAUGCAAUGGUGAAGCAAGAAAUGCAGUUCAAAGAAGCUUCUGUGGGAAAAGAGCUGAAGGUCGAAGCAAGCUUGUCUGCCUGGUUAAAACCGCCCACUCGCCAGCAAGAUGAGAGAAGAACUCAAUUCUACAGAACUCCUGGAGAUAGGCCAAUCAUUGGCCUUGUUGCUACACACUGGAGUGAAGCUGAUUGUGCCGAUAACCUUCCCAAAGGUUGGGAUGGAAAUGGAAUCCCCAACUCAACUACCAAGUAUAAGGAGGAUCAAAAGGUGAGUUGGCACGCUACACCGUUUGAGGAGAGGCUAGAAAAGGCAUUGUCUGAGGAGAGUUCCCUCUCUCAAAGGAAGAAUCUUAAUGGAACUCCAAUAGCUUUUGACGAGAGUGAGGAUGGUGACACUGCUCUCUCCCAGCUGCAACCUUCAGUCCAUCCCAUUGCCAAGUCAGUGGCUUCAUGCUGAGGAUCAUAGGACUCUCCUAAGAACACUUGGGGCGUGGUCGGCUUUUUAAAGUUGUCGAGAAGUUAAAAGUCAGAAGUUGAACAUCGAGGAGCUCUAUCGUGUUGAACAACUUAUUAAUGAUCUGGAGGAAUGAAUCGGCUUUCACUGUAGCCGCUUUAGCUGCAUUAUAUUGUGAAUAACUAAAAUUCUCUCAUUGAAACUAAUAUAGUUCCUAAGGUUUAAUCUGUACAUCGGUUCCGGUUUAUCCUGGAGAGUGAAGUUAUAUGCUUCUGUUCUUGCCUAUCAUGUUCUGUGGAACAAAGGGAAUAUUUCAAAGGUUUAUCUCACCGAUGGGUGCGCAUAUCAGGUUUACGGCCUUUGCAUUG